AUGCUACGUAUCCGCAUGCUCUCCGGGGAAGAGGUGACAAGCAUGGCUGUGGAGGACGCGAUCAGCGUGAGGGAAGUGAAGCGACGCUUGCACCAGCGUGGUUUGCCCCCGCGGUUCAGGCUACGGCUCUUCCUCGACGGCGCCAGCCUGGAUGACUCUGACAUGCUCGGCUCGGACAACGACCUUGAGCUUGUUCUGCUGACUUUCUCCAGCCCUUCCCAGAUACACGUGGAGUCGCUCAUGGAAGCCGCGCGGAGCGGCUUAGUGGCGGAGGUCGACUCCCUACUGCAGCUACCCCUGGACCCGAACGUGGUCUCCGAGUUCGGUGAGACUCCUCUUUGUAGGGCGUCUGCCGCUGGCCACGGUGACGUCGUGCGCUUGCUGGUGGAGGCCCGGGCCGACCUGGACUUGGCUGAAAGCGUUGGCAGCACGGCCCUCAUGCUUGCAGCAAAGAGCGGCCAUGAGAAGGUCGUCCGCUUUCUGAUGGACUCCGGCGCAGCCAGGGAGUUGGCCGACAAAGAUGGACGCACCGCCCUGAUGUUCGCAUCUUUCUACGGCCAUGUUGAAGUACUGCAGUUGCUACUGGGGCCGCAAAGGGUGGCUGCCAAAGAGGGCGAGCUCUUGGCUGACCCUGGCAACGUUGAAGCCGAGGACAAGGACUUUGCCGACCACAAUGGCUGCACGGCCCUCAUGUUCGCAUCCGUCGCAGGCCACACGGAAGUCGUACGUUCGCUGUUGGAGGCAGGCACCAACAAGGACUUGGAAGACAACGAGGGCCGGACGGCCCUGAUGAUUGCAGCUGACCGGGGCCAUGUUGAGAUUGUGCGUCUGCUGGUGGAGAUGGGAGCUGAUAAGGAGCUGGCCACGAAGCGCGGGGUGACGGCCCUGAUGCUCGCAGCCCGCGAGGGCCGCAUCCAAGUCACGCGUUUGCUGCUAGAGGCCGGCGUCGACAAGGACGCGGCUGAUAACGAUGGACACACGGCCCUGAUGAACGCGGCCGACUGGGGCCAUGUUGAAGUUGUGCGCUCGCUGGUGGAGGCCGACGCCCAAAAGGACUUGGCCAAUAAAGAUGGCCGAACUUCUCUCAUGCUCGCGUCUGCCGCGCGCCACGUGGAGGUCGUGCGUUUCCUGGUGGAGGCCGGCGCCGACAAGAACUUGGCCGAUAAGGUUGGCCGCACCUCCCUCAUGCUAGCAUCCGGAGAGGGCUACGUGGAAGUUGCACGUUUGCUGGUAGAGGCCCUAGCAGACAAGGACGCUGCCACCAAUCAUGGCCUGACAGCCCUGAUGCUGGCAGCGCGCGAGGGCCACGUGCGAGUUGUGCGUCUGCUGGUGGAGGCUGGCGCCGACAAGAACCUGGCGGACCAGGACCGGAACACCGCUCUGAUGCUCGCAGCUGACUCGGGCCAUGUUCCUGUCGUGCGUGCGUUGGUGGAGGCCAGUGCGGACAUGAACCUGACCGACAACGAUGGCCGCACAGCCCUAAUGCUCGCAGCUGACUGGGGCCAUGUUGAGGUCGUGCGGUUGUUGGUGGACGCCGGCGCCGACAAAGACUUGGCCGACAAAGAUGGCCGCACAGCUCUCAUGUUCGCCUCCGUCUCGGCCCACGCGAAAGACGUUGCAGGCGUGCGCUUGCUGGUGGAGGCCGGCGCCGACAAGGACUUGGCCGACAAGCAUGGCUGCACGGCCCUCAUGCUUGCAGCCGACCGGGGGCGCUCUGCAUUUGUGCAGCUGCUGGCGCAGGGGAACGCCGGCCAGGACCCGAAAUUUCUAAAAUGA